UUAUCUCCUGCAUAGAAGAGCGGUGUCGGUAUACUUUUGUCCGUUGCAAAGAAAAAGUCUUUGCAAAAUUUAAAAUACUUUUUGAAGAUAAAGUAGAUGUUGUCAUGUUGAAAACAAUGUUAGAAAAGGUUCUAAUUAUUGGGACAGGACUGACUGGUGCCACAGUCACCGCGUUAUUAAGACAAGAUUUAUGCAAACCCGGAGCAAUUUCUAUGUGGGACAAGAGCAAAGGCAUAGGAGGCCGCAUGUCAACCAGCAGGUGCAACAAAGAUGGUAGAUGCACUGUGGACCUCGGAGCUCAGUACAUAUCUGCUACCCCAGACUAUCAACAGAGCCAUGCCAAAUACUAUGCUGAGCUGACAGAAAAGGGGGUAUUACAGAGGCUUGAUUGUGAGAUAGAGGGACAUCAGGAUAAAGUUCCAGGAACCAAACAUUUUGUGACACCAGAUGGUGUUAGCUCACUAGUCAAGUAUUAUGUGAAUAAAGCAGAUCCUUUACUUGGGAAAGGUUACUUGGUCAAGGACGUUUCAGUAGCAGACGACAAGGUGAAGGUCACAACAGAUGAAGGUCACUCAGAGCAAUUUGAUGCUGUAGUGAUUACAAUGCCAGUAGCUCAGAUUUUACAACUCCAAGGAGAUAUAGCUUCUUUGAUUGAUAAGAAAGAUGUGAGAUCAGCCUUACAGUCAGUGAGUUACUCAUCAAGGUUCGCUGUUGGCCUGUUUUAUGAACCAGGAACAAAGUUAGAUAUUCCAUGGGCAGCCAAGUAUAUCACAGAUAAUCCAUGUAUACGAUAUGUGUCUGUCGAUAAUAGGAAGAGAGGAAAAAAUAGUGAUGAUGUUGGACCCUCUAUAUGUGUGCACACUGCAGCCCCUUGGGGUUUGAAAAAUAUUGAAAUGGAUAAAGAUGAUGCAGCUGUGGAGAUUCUGAAACAGUUAAAAACAGUAUUACCAGGACUACCAGAUCCUGUAGAAGUCAAAGGUCAUAAAUGGAGAUAUUCUCAGGUACACAAAGGUUACCCUGACAGCCCUGGUUGUGUUGUACUAUGUGAGAAGCCGGCAAUUAUUCUUGCAGGAGAUGCCUUCACUCACAGUAAUUUUGAUGGAUGUCUAGAGUCAGCCAUCUCUGUGCAACAAACAUUAACAAAAUUAAUCAAAUCUAAAGUUUGAUCUGUGAUAUAUUUAUAUUUAAUUUAGCAUAUAAAAAUUUGCUCUCAG